ACCAGUAUAAAUACUAUAUUUAAUUACGUAGCCAAGUACGUUUUAAAGGCCGAGAAGAAAAUACGGUCUUACAACGAUAUUACCACCGAAUUGAUACCCCAAAUUACGGCCAGAAACCCAAUUAAGCAAUUUAUAGUAAAAUUUAUAAAUAAACUUAUUAUUAAACGGGACUAA